CCCUGCGGCUCUCCAGGACCAGGGUUGACGACCCCUGAUCUAGGCUAUAUAAAUCGCCAUAAGAUACACCUAAUGCAAUUAGUUUCGAGAUAAAGACGAGAUUUUGAACGAGAUUAUUCAAUACCAUGAACACGUAUAUAUAACGUAGAGUAUUGUACCUACGUUGAAUAUGCUUUCCCCUUUAAAAAUCUGGAACACGGACCUUACUAAUAUGGAGGCGGAGCUGUGACGCCAGCAGUCAAGAGAAGGAGGUAGCUCUUCCGCACAUGUUCAUCUACCAGAACAAGGUUGCAUCAGAAUCAUAUCGCAGCGAUGGCAGGCUUGGGAGAUUUGGCAAAGGGAAAGAGGGUCCAGCCCGCUUGGUCGGCCCCGGCUGGGACUGACCCCCCCAAACUGCGACUCUACAACAGCCUCACACGAAGCAAGGAGCUGUUUGUCCCACAGAAGGGGAACAAGGUUCUGUGGUACUGCUGCGGUCCCACCGUGUACGACGCUUCGCACAUGGGACACGCCAGAUCCUACAUCUCAUUUGACAUUCUCCGGAGGGUUCUGAUGAACUAUUUCAAAUACGAUGUCUUCUACUGCAUGAACAUCACAGACAUCGACGACAAAAUCAUCAAGAGGGCCAGGCAGAACUACCUCCUGGAGCAGUACAUGGAGCGCAAGCCCAGCCCGGCCCAGAUCCUGCAGGACGUCCUCACAGCCAGAACGCCCUUCCAGGCGAAGCUGGCCCGGACCACGGACCCGGAUAAGAAGCAGAUGAUGGAGAGGCUGGAAGUGGCGGUGAACGCUGGCCUGGGGCCCCUGCAGGGAGCAGUAGAGAGCGGGGCCACAGAGAGUGUCCUGCAGAGACACGCCAAGGUGUUGCUGGAGGAAUCCAGAGACCUGCUGUCGGAUUGGCUGGAUUCCCAGUUUGGGAGCCAGGUGUCGGAGAACUCCAUCUUCUCUCUGCUGCCGAAGUUCUGGGAAGGAGAGUACCACAAGGACAUGGACGCGCUCAAUAUCCUCCCCCCCGAUGUUCUCACGCGGGUCAGCGAGUACGUUCCCGAGAUCGUGCAGUUCGUAGAGAAGGUCAUCAACAACGGCUACGGGUACGAGUCCAACGGCUCGGUGUACUUCGACACGGCCGGGUUCGACGGCUGUGCCAAGCACUCGUACGCCAAGCUGGUGCCCGAGGCGGUGGGGGACCAGGAGGCCCUUCAGGAGGGAGAGGGAGACCUGAGUAUCUCCGCAGACCGGCUGAGAGAGAAGAAGUCCCAGAACGACUUUGCCCUCUGGAAGGCCUCUAAGCCUGGGGAGCCGUCCUGGGACUCACCUUGGGGGAAGGGCCGACCAGGCUGGCACAUUGAAUGCUCUGCGAUGGCCGGGUCCAUUUUGGGAGAGUCCAUGGACAUCCACGGAGGGGGCUUCGACCUGCGCUUCCCCCACCAUGACAACGAGUUGGCGCAGUCCGAGGCCUUCUUUGAGAAUGACUACUGGGUGCGGUACUUCCUGCACACUGGUCACCUGACCAUCGCAGGUUGCAAGAUGUCCAAGUCCCUGAAGAACUUCAUCACCAUCAAGGAUGCCCUGGCCAAUCACUCAGCUCGACAGCUGCGGCUGGCCUUCCUCAUGCACUCCUGGAAGGACACCCUCGACUACUCCAACAACACCAUGGAGUCCGCCAUCCAAUACGAGAAGUUCCUCAAUGAGUUCUUCCUGAACGUUAAAGAUAUCCUGAGGGCACCUGUUGACAUCACAGGCCAGUUUGAGAAGUGGGAGGCUGCAGAGCUCGAGCUGAACGACAGCUUCUACGAGCGCAAGGCGGCCGUCCACCUGGCCCUGUGCGACAACAUCGACACGCGGGCGGCGCUGGAUGAGAUGAGGGCGCUGGUGACCCAGAGCAACACCUACAUGGCCAGCAGGAAGGCCAGCAAGAUGGCGCCCAAUCGCAUGCUGAUGAAGAGCGUGGCCUCCUACCUCACCGACAUGCUGAAGGUGUUUGGGGCAAUUGAAGAGUCUGAGCAAAUCGGAUUCCCCGUGGGAGGAAGCGGACAGAGCGUUGACCUGGAGAGCACGGUGAUGCCGUACCUGAACGUUCUGUCCGACUUCAGAGAGAGCGUCAGGAAGAUCGCCCGGGAGCAGAAAGUGACCGAGGUGUUGCAGCUGUGCGAUGCCCUGCGUGACGACAUCCUGCCAGACCUGGGGGUGCGUCUGGAGGACCACGAAGGCCUCCCGACGGUGGUCAAACUGGUGGACAGAGAGACGCUGCUGAAGGAGAAGGAGGAGAAGAAGGAGAUUGAGCAGGAAAAGCAAAAGAAGAAAGAGGAAGCGGCUAGAAAGAGAGAUGAACAGGAAGCAGCUAAACUGGCUAAGAUGAAGAUUCCGGCGAGCGAGAUGUUCCUCUCGGAAACUGACAAGUAUUCCAAGUUUGAUGACAUGGGCUUCCCCACCCAUGACCACGAGGGAAAGGAGCUCAGCAAGGGCCAGUCCAAGAAGCUGCGCAAGCUGUACGAGGCCCAGGAGAAACUGCACCAGGAGCACCUGCAGAUGGCCCCGAACGGGAACUGAGGCUCAUGGGAAAUUACCCAGGAGCCUCCGCGACCACCCGCGCCAGCCCUGAGCUCCGCCCACAGUGCCCGUCCGUCCGUCCAAACUCUGGACCACACACACCAAUCGAUGAUUCCUCCCUGCUUAAAGAAUUACGCUUUUAAAAAAAUGUAUUUUACCAUAAGAAUCUUUACUAUUUUGGGUAGAUUAGUUAUUUUCCAGUGUUAAAAAUGCAAUGCAGACCUGAUAUGACUGUGCUUUUUAUUUAAAUCCUUUUUUGAAAGGCAAGCUCUGAUCUGGCAGAGAUGAAGAUCAGGAGAUCAAGAUGUUGCCUCAGCAAGCUUGAGAAAGAACAGAGAAUGAGAGAGUGAUGAGAGGAGGAUGGAUCAUUUAGUAAUUUGUGAGGGUUUUGGAGACAUCUGAACAAGCAAGCAAAAGCAGGGUUGCCUUUCCUCAUUUGAUGCAUUAAUUUGUACGUCCAGUUAUAUGAGUGGUUUUUAACCCUGUUCCUGAAGAUUCACUGUUCUGCAGGUUUUCAAUCCAACCCUAAUAAAAGCGCACCUCGUUCAACAACUAGAGAUCUUGUUGACCUGCUAAUUAGGUAUGGAUUGAAAAUUAAAACCUUCAGGACGGCACUGUCGAUCUCCAGUAACAAGGUUGGGACCUACAGAAUUAUAUUUCAGUUUUAAAUAAAUAGUUUACCAUUUGUAAUCGA